GUAUGCCGGAGAGAUCUCCGGUGUUGUUUUGACAAUGAUGGAGGAAGAAGAAUUUGAAUUUGCGGAGGAUUUGGAGGCUAUUCUGCAUCUAACCCCAGAGGUACAACUAGCCAUUGAACAGGUUUUCCCCAGCCAAGACCCUCUGGACAGAGCAGACUUUAACGCUGUUGAAUACAUCAACACACUGUUCCCGACUGAACAGUCUUUGGCUAACAUUGAUGAUGUGGUCAGCAAGAUUCGUCUGAAGAUUCGGCGCCUUGAUGACAACAUCAGGACAGUGGUGAGAGGCCAGACCAAUGUGGGCCAGGAUGGCAGACAGGCUUUGGAGGAGGCCCAGAUUGCCAUCGGGCAGCUCUUUGGCAAAAUUAAAGACAUCAAGGACAAGGCAGAGAAGUCUGAACAAAUGGUAAAGGAGAUCACAAGGGACAUAAAGCAGCUGGACCAUGCGAAGCGCCACCUCACAACAUCCAUUACAACCCUCAACCACCUGCAUAUGUUGGCUGGGGGCGUUGACUCUUUAGAAGCAAUGACCAGAAAGAGGCAGUACGGGGAGGUAGCCAACCUGCUGCAGGGAGUGGUCAAUGUGCUUGAACAUUUCCAGAAGUACAUGGGAAUACCCCAGAUCAGACAGCUCUCUGAGAGGGUAAAGGCUGCACAGAGUGAGCUGGGAACUCAGAUCCUUGCAGACUUUGAAGAAGCGUUUCCCUCCCAGGGCUCCAAGAGGCCAGGUGGUCCUAGUAAUGUGCUGAGAGAUGCCUGUCUGGUAGCAAAUGUACUGGACCCACGCAUCAAACAGGAGAUCAUCAAAAAGUUCAUCAGGCAACACCUCUCUGAGUAUCUGGUUUUAUUCCAAGAAAACCAAGAUGUGGCAUGGUUAGACAAGAUCGACCGCCGCUAUGCCUGGAUCAAACGGCAGCUGGUGGACUACGAGGAGAAGUAUGGACGCAUGUUUCCUGAGGAAUGGUGCAUGACAGAGCGUAUUUCUGUCGAGUUCUGUCACAUCACCAGGGUGGAGCUGGCUAAAGUGAUGCGAACACGGGCUAAGGAAAUAGAGGUGAAGCUGCUUCUGUUUGCCAUCCAGAGGACGACAAACUUUGAGGGUCUUCUAGCAAAACGCUUCACAGGAUGCACCUUAACGGACAUACCUGGACAAAAGAGGCCAGACAGCCCUCUUGAACCUACUAACCCUUUUCUGGAGGAUGAGCCAGGCGAGGAUGGAGGCACAGAGAAGGAUGAGGAUCUGGCUAAGCCCCGGAAGCCAAAAGCUCCAGACAAUCCUUUCCACGGCAUCAUCUCCAAGUGCUUUGAACCUCAUCUAUACGUCUACAUAGAAUCCCAAGACAAGAACCUGGGUGAGCUGAUCGAUCGGUUUGUGGCUGACUUCCGAGCACAAGGCCCACCCAAGGCAGGCACGGAGGAGGGCGGAGCAGUGCUGCCAAGCUGUGCUGACCUUUUUGUAUACUACAAGAAGUGCAUGGUACAGUGCUCCCAACUGAGCACUGGAGAACCAAUGAUUGCCCUCACAACCAUCUUCCAGAAAUUUCUGAGAGAGUAUGCGUGGAAAAUCCUCUCCGGAAACCUACCCAAAUCCAGCAGCAACAGUGGGGUUCUCACCAUCAGCAGUUUACUGAAGGAAAAAGAAGGCUCGGAAGCUGCGAAGUUCACAGUGGACGAGCUCUGUCUGAUCUGUAGCAUCCUUAGCACUGCGGAGUAUUGUCUGGCUACGACACAACAGCUGGAAGAGAAGUUAAAAGAGAAGGUAGACAAAGUCCUGGUGGAAAGAAUAAAUCUGACUGGGGAGAUGGAUACUUUUAGCACAGUGAUCUCAAAUAGUAUCCAGCUGCUUGUUCAAGAUCUUGAUGCUGCCUGUGAUCCUGCUCUAACUGCUAUGAGCAAGAUGCCAUGGCAGAGUGUGGAGCAUGUUGGAGACCAGAGUCCUUAUGUGACAUCAAUCAUCAUGCACAUCAAGCAAAAUGUUCCGAUCAUCAGGGACAAUCUGGCCUCCACGCGCAAAUACUUCACACAAUUCUGCAUCAAGUUCACAAAUUCUUUUAUUCCUAAGUUUAUAAACCACCUGUUUAGAUGUAAGCCGAUCAGCAUGGUGGGAGCUGAACAGCUCCUCCUUGACACUCACUCCCUGAAGACAGUCUUGUUGGACUUGCCCUCCAUAGGCUCCCAGGUGAACCGAAAAGCACCUGCCAGCUACACCAAGAUAGUGGUGAAAGGCAUGACACGUGCAGAGAUGAUCCUGAAGGUGGUGAUGGCCCCACAUGAACCUCCAGUGGUGUUUGUUGAUAACUACAUCAAGCUCCUGGCUGAUGGCAACCCUGAGACCUUCCAAAAGAUUUUGGACAUGAAGGGCCUGAAGCGCAGUGAACAGAGCAGCAUGCUGGAGCUCUUCAGGCAGAGGCUACCCACCCCACCCUCUGGUGCAGAUGGAGGCCCCCCUCUUUCCUUCAGUGCCCCCACCCCUGAGCAGGAGUCCUCCCGCAUCCGCAAACUAGAAAAACUCAUCAAGAAGAGGCUAUGAACACACAGGAGUAGAGAAACAGAAAAGCUGCAGGAUGAGGCUGCAUUUCUGUUAUUCAUCUCAAACAAGUGAUGCUUCAUGCAGUUAUCAUCAGACAUUAUACAAGGAGCAAAGAGCAGACUGAACUUUCUGACUGACUGUAAUAUGAACUCAAGAUGAUGCUGGAUUAUGAAGAAACUUCCUCAACUGCUACAUGCUGUUGCUAUAUCAUUUACUUCUGAAAUCUUCAUUUAUUUUCUUUCUUUUUAACACUAACAUCUGAGCUUUAUAUCAUCAGUUCAUUGUCGCACUGUUUAUUUGCACUCCCAAUACUGAAGGCCAUGCUGUUAACUAAUCUGUGAUUAUGAAGCCUUGGGUGUCCUCUGUCAGAUGAGUCUAAUCCAGGAUGAUUACAGGAAGCCCAAUCUUAAUUUAACAUGUUUUGGACAAAAUGUAUCACAUGAUUGGCCAUGUUUUUUUUUUUAUUUCAAGCAUGAUGUAACAGGUGGAAGACAGGAAGAAGAUAUUUUGAGGUUUUGAUUGUUUUCAUGAUUUGUGGCCCUUACAUGUUUUUCUUACUUUGAUUUUUGAGUGCCCAAGUGUGAGACAAAGAUCUGCAGUCAGACACACGGUUAGCUUUGGCAUGGCAUUUGAAAUCCCUCAAUGUUGACGCGAAAAGCAGAAUCCACUCAAGUCUUUUGACUUGGGAUGUUGCCCAUGGGGCAGAGGUAUGCUAUGGAUCUGUGCAGUUAGCCCAAAGUAUGACUUAAAACAAGUUUUUACGUUUUGGCAACAACCUGUCUAUCUACCCAUCCUUCCAUAUCCACAGGGCAAACUGUUUUUUGGAAAAAAAUAUCUUUAGUACAAAGAUACAACAAUAUGUUUUUUCUCAGCUUUCCUAAACAAUACAUGGGUCUUCAAGUAUUAAAGCAAAGUCAAGAACCACACAUAAGUCUGUAUAAAGAAAAGAAAAGCCAGUAGUCCUGGUAUGGUCACUCAUGUUGAUGCUAGUGCCUACAAGUUCAGUAAUUCCUCAUAAAUCAAAUGUAUCUGAAUCAUCGUUCACAUUCCUGCCUUCAGGUGUAAGAUUUUCCUGGUUUGUAUUGUCAGAAUUGUGUGUUUCACUGGCAGUUGUUGAACACUAUUAAAACAU